AUGCGUUCGGCCGCAUAUGUCAGCCAGAUCGCGGAACUUUCUGGGAUUCACACGACCAAGAAGGAUAUGAAGAGCCCCGUCUCGAAGACCGCUGGGAAAACUGUCGUCCAGCUAGUAGGUCUGCCUCCCCAUGCCACUCCCGCAGACAUAAGACGUAUGGCAGCGAAGCAUCAAGUUGACGAAGGGUUCGAAGUUCGGAUGCGAUAUAAUCGUUAUCGGUUUGCUGAAAAGGCCAGCCUUCACUUCACACAUAAUUGGCUUGCUCGCGAAGCUGCCGAACGCUUAGACAACGCGGAGCUGGCGACCUAUCGCCUUCACGCUUAUUCACGAAUGCUCAACCAAGACGAUGAAGAUGCGCUUAAAUCGCUACAGAAUCGAGGGAGAACAGUCAUUCUAAAGGGGCUAAAGAAGGGACUUUCAAACGCGAGUCUGAAGGACGCGUUACUUUCCGAACAGUUCCAGUUGGUUUCCUCUGAUGGGUCAAUCAUAAGACUUCCUAUGUAG